AUGGAUAAGGGCGACUACUCCAGAAAGCUCUGUGCGAUGUUGGAUGACUCUAGAGUUUACACAAAGCUCAGGAAAGAUCCUACUCGUACUAUUGAGCGCCAAACUACUUAUCUCCUGAAGAAGGCUGGACUCUCAGCUGAUCUGACAAAAUUCCUCACUCCCAAAGAAUUCUUCCCUCAUAGACUCUAUGGACUUCCCAAAACCCAUAAAGAGUCUAACUCGCCGGGUUUCGUCAACAAACUGAAGAAUCUCAGGACUUCUCCAGAUGACAUCCUAUUCGAAAGAGAGUUCUAUGAGCAAAAAUCGGGAGCAGCAAUGGGUUCCCCCAUCUCCCCGAUCAUUGCAAAUAUAUUCAUGGAACACUUCGAGAACGAUACUUUGAAGUCAGUAGCGCAGAAACCUGCUGUGUGGUUCAGGUAUGUGGACGAUACCUUUGUCAUCUGGCCACAUGGGAGGACUGGUCUAAACCAAUUCCUGGAGUUCUUGAAUGCUCAGCACCCGAGCAUCAAGUUCACCAUGGAAAUUGAGCAGAACGGAUGCCUCCCAUUUCUGGAUGUUUUGGUUUAUCGCAAUAAGGAUGGCACUCUGGGUUAUCAAUUAUAUCGCAAGCCACACAGACAGGUCAAGCGAACGCUACAGAACAAGCUCUCAUCCCCUCAAGAGAAGAUUAAUCCUGAAGAAAAUCGGGAGAUACCUAAAGUGACCCUCCUCCCCUACCUGAGAGGCACCACUGAACGCAUCAGUAGAGUACUCGGCAAACACCACAUCCGAACAAUCUACCAACCCCCAAAGAAGAUUGGACAGAUGCUGCCGAGUGCGAAAGAUCGCGGACCGCCUCUGAGUACACCAGGAGU